AUGUGCAUUCGGUACGAUCAGCACUGGCACUGCCACUACGAGCACGGCGGCUGCAAGGGCAAGCUCGACAAGGACACUGCCGACGAGCCCAUCCCCUCCAAAUGGGAGCCGUGUGAGAGGGCCAGACGGACCGGCACUCGUUGCGAGGAUGCCACGGUUGUCCGUCAGCACCUGUCCAUGUGCUGCCCGAUGCACCACUCGCGUCGGAUCCAGCAGCUGGACGAGCUGUGGCAGGACGAGUGGAAGAACCAAGUGUUCGACUACUUCGUCCAGAAGCAGAAGCACUUGUCGAAGCAGGAGAAAACCGACUGGCGUCGUGUCCGCGACCUGCAGAAGGAGCGCUGGGCCAAGUUUGAGGCCGGUCUGGAGGACAUUUACGCUCAGCUGGGAAACGAGCUCAACGAGGACGUCAUCCGCAUCUUUGGCACGACUUUCUACGAGCGCAUCGAGCAGAGCAUGCUGUCUUUCGUCAACAGGGUUCGUCUGGACUUGGAUGGAGUGCGUGCAAGGAGGCAGCAAGUUCUCCAGGCUCAGCUGGAGCGUGAGGAAAGGGGUCGCCAGGCUGCUGCUGCCGCUGCCGAGGUCGCUGCCGCUGCAGCUGGUCCGCCGCCGCCCAUUCCGCCCAAGAGCAGCAAGAGGAGACAGAGGUCUCUGACCUCCGUCAGAGAGGGUGACUUGAUGCAGGUUCAGGAUGCCCUGAGACAGAUGGCGUUGUCUGGUGUCGCUGGUGCCUCAGCCUCAGCCCAGACUCGCCCUCUUCCUCCGAUUCCGACCCCAGCUCAAGCUGGCUGCACCGUUGCUCGCGCUCCGGUUGCUGCCGCCAUCACCGGCCCCUCUUUUUCCUCGUCCGCGUCUGGUCAUGACGAUGACGCCACCCUUGCGGUUGCCGCGUCCAUCGACCAUGUCUUUCGCCCUCCUUCAAGAGGUUCCUCCACUGCCUUGUCUUCGGAUGAGGACAGUGAGAGCGAAGACGAGAAGCGCUUGCUCAGCAGGGACUUGUAA